AUGGAAAUGGCCAACAGGUCCCACCUGAACCCGUCCAUCCACCACUUUGAGCUCAGUCCUCUGAAUUACUUCAUGGAUGACAACGAAACGAACUCCACCGCUGGAGAGCAGAACUCUUUGGGCUGCGUUCAGAUCCGCAUCCCGCAGGAGCUCUUCCUGGCUCUGGGGCUCAUCAGCCUGGUGGAGAACAUCCUGGUGGUUCUGGCCAUCAUCAGGAACCGCAACCUGCACUCGCCCAUGUACUACUUCAUCUGCUGCCUGGCGGUGUCCGACAUGCUGGUGAGUGUCAGCAACGUGGUGGAAACUAUCUUCAUGCUCCUCAACGACCACGGCUUGAUGGACGUGCACCCCGGCAUGCUGCGCCACCUGGACAACGUCAUCGACGUGAUGAUCUGCAGCUCCGUGGUGUCCUCGCUGUCCUUCCUGUGCACCAUCGCUGCGGAUCGCUACAUCACCAUCUUCUACGCGCUGCGUUACCACAGCAUCAUGACCACGCAGCGGGCGGUCAUCAUCAUCGUGGUGGUGUGGCUGGCCAGCAUCACCUCCAGCAUCCUCUUCAUCGUGUACCACACCGACAUCGCCGUCAUUGUGUGCCUGGUGACCUUCUUCUGCACCACCCUGGUGUUUAACGCCGUGCUGUACCUGCACAUGUUCGUCCUUGCGCACCUGCACUCCCGGCGCAUUAUGGCUUUCAACAAAAACAGGCGCCAAUCCACGAGCAUGAAGGGAGCCAUGACCCUCACCAUCCUGCUCGGGGUCUUCAUUGUAUGCUGGGGCCCCUUCUUCCUCCAUCUCAUCCUCAUCCUCACCUGCCCCACCAGCCCCUUCUGCAACUGCUUCUUCCGAAACUUCAACCUCUUCCUCAUCCUCAUCAUCUGCAACUCGCUGAUCGACCCGCUCAUCUACGCCUACCGGAGCCGGGAGCUGCGUAAAACCCUGCAGGAGCUGGUCCUGUGCUCCUGGUGCUUCGGUGUGUGA